AUGGUCCAAUACCAUGUGAGAAAAGCUCACAGGGACAGGAGCUCACAGGGACAGGGGCUCACAGGGGCUCACAGGGACAGGAUCUCACAGGAGCUCACAGGGACAGGAGCUCACAGGGACAGGAGCUCACAGGGACAGGAGCUCACAGGGACAGGAGCUCACAGGGACAGGGGCUCACAGGGACAGGGGCUCACAGGGGCUCACAGGGACAGGAUCUCACAGGAGCUCACAGGGACAGGAGCUCACAGGGACAGGAGCUCACAGGGACAGGAGCUCACAGGGACAGGGGCUCACAGGGACAGGGGCUCACAGGGACAGGGGCUCACAGGGACAGGAGCUCACAGGGACAGGAGCUCACAGGAGCUCACAGGGACAGGAGCUCACAGGGACAGGGCCUCACAGGGACAGGAGCUCACAGGGACAGGGGCUCACAGGGACAGGAGCUCACAGGGACAGGAGCUCACAGGGACAGGAGCUCACAGGGACAGGGCCUCACAGGGACAGGAGCUCACAGGGACAGGAGCUCACAGGAGCUCACAGGGACAGGAGCUCACAGGGACAGGGCCUCACAGGGACAGGAGCUCACAGGGACAGGGGCUCACAGGGACAGUUUCGUCUGUGACUCAAAGCACCGCCACAGAGAAGGAGCUGCUCUCACAACUUCAAGAGAAAGACCAGCUGCAGCGAGAGCAGGAAGACCGGAUCCGGAACUUGACUAAUCUGUUGGUCAGCUCCAACCCCAAACCGGCACCUGUUCGGCAGGUACUAGCACUUUAA